UCCGCCGAACCAAAGGAUUUCGGAAAUCCGGGAUUUAGAGCGAAUCGGCGGAAUUUUCCGUCAACGGAGGAUUUCGUUUGCCGUGAGAUUUGGAUUUGCAUUUUAGGCCGUUUGGCUGGAUUUCGCCCAAAUCCGGCCUUAAAUCCGCCUAAAUCCGCAUACCAAACAGCCCCUUGGAUCUGGUCCAACCUACUGGCAGGCUGAGGGCUGAGGGCUGAGGGCUGAGGGCUGAGGGCUGAGGUCAGGGACCUGAGAAGAGAACAAACGAGAAUCCUACUUGGAGAUUUCUAGGGUUGUAAUUUCCUUUCGCCAACAUUUUGUGAAAUUGGUAAAUUUUGAUGCCAUGAAGAGCGGCUGGGGGAGGAGAGGAGCGAGGCAGCCGAAGCACCUCGGCGGUGGGCUGAGAGGGAUGGCGUGUCGGUUGUCUGUGGUGAUGUUCGUUCUGUUGAUCUGCACCAUCUUGCUUUUCUCGAGGAUCUGGCAUUCAAGUCCUUCCAGUCGGAUCCAGGAUAUUGAUAUUAAUAAGCUUUGGCGAACUGCUCCUGCUGCUGGUUGGAGACCAUCAUCUGCUCCACGGUCUUAUUGGCCUUCUCCUCCAACUGAGAGCAAUGGCUACUUGAGAGUUCGUUGUAAUGGUGGUUUAAAUCAACAACGCACUGCGAUAUGUAAUGCCGUUCUUGCAGCACGUAUCAUGAAUGCUACGCUCGUGUUGCCUGAGUUGGAUACCAAUUCUUUUUGGCAUGAUGAAAGUGGUUUUCCAGGUGUAUAUGACGUUGAACAUUUCAUUAAUGCUUUACGCUAUGAUAUUCGCAUUGUUGCAAAGCUUCCUGAAAUCACUUCUCAUGGGAAGGCCAAGAAGUUGAAAGCUUUUCAGAUUCGACCACCAAGGGAUGCUCCUCUGAACUGGUAUACUACAGUUGCUUCAAAAAAGAUGAAGGAUCAUGGUGCUAUUUACUUGACUCCUUUUUCACAUCGGCUGGCAGAAGAGAUUGAUGAUCCUGAACUUCAGAGAUUAAGAUGCAGAGUGAAUUAUCACGCACUAAGAUUCAAGCCACAUAUUAUGAAAUUGAGCCAUGAUAUAGUUGAUAAACUCCGAUCGCAGGGGCAUUUCAUGUCGAUACACCUCCGCUUUGAAAUGGACAUGCUUGCAUUUGCAGGGUGCCUGGAUAUAUUUACAAUAGAAGAACAAAAGAUAUUGAUGAAAUAUCGAAAAGAAAAUUUUGCAGAAAAGAAGCUUGUUUAUCGAGAGAGGAGGAUAAUUGGAAAGUGCCCAUUGACUCCAGAAGAGGUGGGCAUCAUAUUACGUGCCAUGGGUUUUGACAACUCUACUCGCAUCUAUCUUGCUGCUGGUGAGCUUUUUGGUGGGGAUCGUUUCAUGAAGCCUUUCCGAGCCCUCUUCCCACACCUUGAGAAUCACAGUACAGUAAUGGGUGCUGAGAAGCUUGAAGACAGCGCUCAGGGAUUGGUUGGUGCUGCUGUUGACUACAUGGUUUGUCUCCUCUCUGAUAUUUUCAUGCCCACAUAUGAUGGUCCCAGCAACUUUGCGAACAACCUAUUGGGCCACCGUCUCUACUAUGGCUUCCGAACGACGAUCCAGCCUGACCGAAAAGCAUUGGCUCCCAUCUUUAUUGACAGGGAAGAGGGUCGUCAAGCAGGUUUUGAGGAACAUGUUCGUCAAAUAAUGUUCAAAACCAAGUUUGGGGGGCCUCAUAAACGAGUUCAUCCAGAGUCUUUUUACACUAACUCUUGGCCUGAGUGCUUCUGCCAGAUGUCACCUCAGAACCCAGCUGAUAGAUGCCCGCCUGAUAAUACGCUAGCAGUUCUGGAAGGCCAGUUGCAAAGUGGAGGGAGCCAUGAGGUGGAAACCGUUAAGGGUCCCAAUAAGACGGUUUUAGUGGAGUAAGGCUUCGUUUGGGACCGCUUUUUUACUUCUUCUUAAAACAACUUUUUAGUACAAAAAAUUUAGGCUUCAUUUGGAGUGGCUUUCUUACUACUUCUUAAAGCUGCUCUUUAGUACAAAUGUUUUAAUUUUUGUACUGAAAAUUUGCUUCAGGAAGUGGUACGAAAGCCAUCCCAAACGAAGCCUUAAUUUUGUGCUGAAAAGCUGCUUUAAGAAGCAGCAAAAAAGACGUCCCACAUGAAGCCUAAAAGUGGUUGGCAUGCAUGAAUACACAUUUUAUGCUCUCUUUCAUGCUUGAUUUUGCGUGGUCUUUGGAAGACAAAAGAUAUUCACAAACGAUACUGUAUUAUUCGGUCAACUUGGAACCUACUGGGAGCUUUGGAAGAAAGGCUAAGUGGUGCAGAUUACAAAAUGUUAUUUGAUUAAUAUCAGCUGAGUAGGCUUUUUAGUAUGUAGAUCUUCUCGAAAAAAAAAGUUAUUAUCCAUUUAUAUGGUUUAUAUUUGUAUUUGAAGCUACUAGUGUGCAAAUACGCAGGGAAAAAUGAUGAUUUAAUAUCUGUAAGAGAAAAAGGAAUGAUUGUAACAUUUAUAUACGGCAAUAUUAGUAAAAAUGGUUCACACUUUAUUGGCUUGA